CAUUCGCUGUGUUUUCAAGAACAGAAACGUGACCUCUACGUUAAUUUUGUACUACAUUUCAUAUUUUCAUACAUGUAUCAAAAAAGAUGAAAUAAAAAAGGUGAUUAAGAAAUUAUAAAAAUGAGCGUAAGAUUGUUCCAAGAAGCGGGUCCCCACUUACCCUUUUUCUCUUACAACAAUACUACUUUCCAGAGAGAGAAAGAUACACAGCCUCCAAGACAUCACCCCCAUUUAAUUUUAAUAAAGGAUGAAACGGUUCCACAUUUUUGCAAUCCCAUCACAUUAAGAAGAAAAAAAAGAAGAAGAAAAAAAGUUACUUGCUUGCAACACUGAGAAAGAAGACAUUUUUAUCCGAUGCAUCCCAUCUCGUAAUCUUUUAUUUAUGUUAAUCGCCAUCCUCGAGCGAGCACCCCUCGAUUCAUUCAUUAACGCAAUCCAAAAAGGCAGAAACUUGAAUCAAUGGGGUACCUGUACCUCUCGUGCAGAGCCGAAUCCGCAGUCUCAACCUCGAAUUCGGUGAAGGAGAAAGAGAAAGAGAAGAACAUAAAGAUCCAAGAGUUUGAGUACAGCGACCUUGAAGCGGCGACGAAUGGGUUCUCCGAGCGCAAGCUCCUGGGCAAAGGCAGCCACGGGUACGUGUACAAGGCGGUGGUCCGGGGGCGUCCGGUGGCGGUGAAGCGCCCCUCGCGGCCCCACCAGAUGACGAACGAGGUGGACAACGAGAUCGACAUCUUGUCCAAAAUCCAGAGUCCGAGGUUGGUGAAUUUGGUCGGUUUCACCAGCAACGAUUCUAAAGACAGGCUUUUGGUGGUGGAGUUCAUGAGCAAUGGCACCCUUUACGACGUUCUUCAUUCCUCUCCAAGGCCUCCCAAUUGGGGUAGAAGGAUUCGUCUGGCUCUUCAAACUGCUAAAGCCAUCGACAUUCUUCACUCCUCAACGCCCCCUGUGAUCCACCGUGACAUUAAAUCCGCUAAUGUUUUAAUCGACCGGAGCUACAAUGCUAGGUUAGGUGACUUUGGUUUGGCCCUUAGAGGCCAUGUUGAUGAUUACAAACUCAGGUCCACUCCCCCUGCUGGCACCAUGGGUUACCUUGACCCUUGUUAUGUCACUCCUGAUAAUUUGAGCACCAAGACUGAUGUUUUCAGUUUUGGGAUUUUGCUUUUGGAGAUUAUAAGUGGAAGGAAGGCCAUUGAUAUCACUUAUUCCCCUCCUUCCAUUGUGGAUUGGGCCAUUCCUCUUAUCAAAAAAGGGAAAUUGUUGGGUGUGUAUGACCCCAGGAUAGCACCCCCUAAGGAUCCGCUCGUCAGGAAGCAACUGGCUGUCAUUGCUGCCAAGUGUGUCAGGUCUUGUAGGGAGAGGAGACCCUCCAUGAGUGAUGUUGUCAUUUGGCUUUGUGGCUUGUGUAAGUUGCUGCCUCUUCAUUCUUGGAAUGGCUUCAACAUUAACAACCCUUGCAUGAUGGUUGAGACUGUAGGGCGCCCUGUUGAAGCGCCAAGGACUGCUCAAUUUGGUUUGGAGGGAGGGAACUUUGAUUUCUCCAAGUCUGCAAUGAGGUAUUCUAGGAGGGUCUAUUCUGAUUUGGGGUUUAGUAGCAACUUGAUGGACUUGAUGGCUACUACUGAGGAGCCUGAGUUUCUGAGAGAUGCUGAUGGAGUGCUGCAUAGUUCUAAAUCGGCUGAACAAGUUUCUAGCUCCAGGUUUGGCAGUGGAAGAUAUUCCAUUAGAGGGAGGAAUAGGAAUUUGUACCGGCCUUGUGGGAGUGAGAAAGAUGCUUUUGGCUUGAGUAAAGGCCAGAAUGUUGUUGUAGGUGCUGAGAGUGAGGCUUCGAAACAGGACUUGAGUUCAAUGGCACCUGAGGUUAUCUAGUUAAUUAAUUAAUUGCUAAAACAUUUGAUUGGAGUGAUGUGAUGAUGCCUAGCCUUGUGUAGAUUUGUUGUUACUUGUUAGAAUGAUCUCUUCAUUAAUUUAGUAGGUUUUUGGAUUGAAGGGCACAUUACUGAUGUCCCCUUAACUCUGUUCAAAAGCUUUGCCAAAGGUUUUGUUUCUCCCCCCUCAAAAAUAAAUGCAAAAAAAAAAAAGUCUGAUUGAUGAAGCCGCUGCAGAAAAAUUGUAAAAACUCCACCAUUGCCUGUUUGUAUGUAGCUCAAAUAAAUUUUCAAUGCCAGCUCUGCUGUGGUGGUCCUUUUUGGCAAUUCUGUUACCAGCUUUUGGUUUUUUGAUCUGUCAACUUCUAGCCUUAUUUCAAGUAAGAUUUUGAAUUAUUGUUGCUGUUCUAUUUAUUACCUUAUCAUUCUUUGAUUCCUUCUUCAUCCUUUCAUGGGAUGACCAAGAUCUUUUAGCAGUCUCUAUCUCAUUUAUGUUUUUUAUGCAUUUUUAUCUCAUCUAUGUUUGAACAAGGAGUGGGAAUCCUUUAUUCA